ACAUGGCGGCCUGCAUAGUGUCCUGUGUUACAAAGCUGUCAUCGACUCUUAUUUAAGCAGUGGACAUUCGCCUGUUUUAGCACACAGUGAAAUAUCAUGAAGCUGUCCUGUUUCUUGAAACGCGCGCUUACCUCCGGCAGCCACCUCGGUGUCUUUGCUGGCAAACACACCGGCUUCGGUGUCGAUGUUUCGGCUCGAACGGGGCUACGGGUGAUGCAGUACAGUCAGGCCGCACUUGACGAGUCGACCGCGCCAGGGGAGAUGGCUUGUUACCGCCUGGUCCACAGAAAGUUGGUCCGGGUCCAAGGAGUCGAAACUUGCGCCUUCCUUCAGGGGCUAGUUACCAAUGAUGUACUGCAACUGGAGGAGGCUGCCCGCGGGGCAGCGUACGCGCAUAUGCUCAACAUACAGGGAAGAACGCUUUUUGACGUCAUUAUGUACAGUCAUAAAGAAGCGGCAACAGGAAGUGGUGUCCUCCUGGAAUGUGACAGCACCAUGACAGACUCCCUUGUGAGACACCUGAAAGUUUACAAGAUCCGUCGGAAGAUCGACAUCUAUCCAUGUCCAGAUCUCUUUGCGUGGGCUGUUCUUCCCCUGCAGCGAAAAAAUGGCCAACGCUUCAGCAAGCCAAAGCUCCUUUCACCGGAAAAGGCCACGGUGUGGGUGACAGACCCGCGGACGCAUUACAUGGGCUGGAGGUUGGUUCUAGACAAGCAGGUGGACCCAUUAGAUGUUGUCGCAUCUUGUCAAAAAGGUGAAACAGAGGAUUACCACAGGCAUCGCUAUUCCAUAGGACUUCCAGAGGGAGUGAAAGACCUUCCUCCAGGAGUGGCAUUACCACUCGAGUCCAACCUAGUCUACAUGCAAGGCAUCAGUUUCAGCAAGGGCUGCUACAUUGGCCAGGAGCUGACAGCCAGGACUCAUCACACCGGCGUGAUCCGCAAGCGCCUCAUGCCAGUGCGCUCGUCAGCGUCAAUUGAAAGCUUGGAGGAGGGCACCGCCCUACACACACUGUCAGGCAAGCCAGCUGGAAAGCACCUCGCCGGGCUGGGAAAUCUGGGCCUGAGUCUGAUCCGUCUGGCACACGCCCAGGAGGUGUUGACGGUCAAAGCUGCCAACGAAAGCCAAGUGACGCUGGAGGCCUCCGUGCCUGACUGGUGGCCUGCAAACGAGAAAACCGAGACCGGAGCUUUUAUGUGAUUUAUGUGAAUGUUGCUGACACUUUUGAAACACAAGCCUCAAGUGGUUUUUCAAUGUCACAACUUGUGACGUGUUUAUUUUUAAAGGGCAAACGAUGAGAUUGACACAUGCACUUCACAGUGACAAAUCAAUCAUGUCAUGAAGGUCUUGGAUUUUAGCAAUGUAACAAAUGCAAUUGUGUAUCAAAAUAAAUAUUUAACAGGUUUUAAAUUAAAAAAAAAAAAAAGUGCCUUUAGCAUUAUUUUUUAAUCUGUAUUCAAAAUAUUUCCUGAAUGUCUACAGAAAAUGUCACAUGUUGCAGGAUUACACAAGAUUUUCUUAGAACCUUAAAUUGGUUUUACACAAGCAAUGCAGUGAGAUGUUGGGGUGGGGGGCUUUUUUUUUUUUUUUUUUGCAAAUUAACAGGCAAGGUGAUGUUGAGGCCUUACUUGGCCAUGUUUUUUCAUAUUGAUUCCAUUUUAACAUUUUGUUUUGUGAGACUAAUGGACGAAACCCAAGUAAUAUUGGACAUAAUAGCUUUCAUACGUAUACAGUAUAUUUCAAGUGUGAAAUUAAACAACCUAUUAAAGUUGCUGUACACUAUUUCUGAAAAUGUGAGCUAGUUCUGAAUUUUGCCUUAAUGUGAUGUCAAAAUUUAACAUAUUGAGAUACCAUCUAUUUACUCAACUCGGGUGAAGAUAUGCAAAUUUCAAGACAUUUUCAUCACCCUCGUGCCAAUUUUUGAACUUUUAUUACCUUCAGUUUAAGAAAAUGCCUCUUUGCCAGCCCUUGUUCCUGACUCAUUUAGUUUAGUCUUGAUAAAGAAGAUGUUGCCCUCUAGUGGUUUGUAUGGUGUCCCGAAUUUUCUGCAACAGCAUUUCAGGCUGAACGGUAGAUGCCGAGUGGUCUAGUCGCUUGAAGUCCUCGUCGCACAGCAAGAGCUCCAAAAUGUGGGCCACCCUUUGCAAAUCAAAGGCAGCGUGGUAGGGUCCCAGGGUGACGAGCGCCUCCGAAGGGUUGCGCGGGAAGUCGUCAGAAUCCCCGGAGGGGCGAGCGUUCAAGAAAGUCAUUCGGUUGUCCGCCACGAUUUUGAGGAAUGACGCAAACUCCCCGUAAUCAAUGCCAGAGCACGCCUUCAUUAUGACCUGGACAUUCAAAUAGAAAGCGUCACACCAUAUGGAAAUUAUAGUUAUUAAAUGUUAUUGUGAAGUGACUCUCAGCAAUGCUUCUCAAGUAUUUUCUGUUACGCGCCCAUGUAAUUGUGUCAUUUGUGUUUGAAAUUAUUAUUAUACAGUGAAGAAAAUAAG